UCCCGCGCGAAGCUCCGACAUGCUCAGUACGAAGCUCACGCGCAGACAUGGCAGAAGAAGCUCCCGCAGCUGCACCGGCGAAAGCCCCGGCCAAGGCUCCCAAGAAGAAGUCCGCUCCCCGGGCUAAGAAGGACGGACCCAGCCUCCCUAAGCUCAUCGUCGCCUCGGUGACAGAGUCGAAGGAGCGCAAGGGGACGUCGCUGGCGGCCAUAAAGAAAUACCUGACCGCCAAAAAUGUGGACGUACCCAAGGCCAACAAACGUAUCAACACCGCCGUCGCCAAGCUGGUGGAGAAAGGCAUUCUCAGUCAGGUGAAGGGCACCGGGGCUUCCGGCUCCUUCAAGCUUGCUAAGAAAGAACCGAAAGUCGCGAAACCAGCGAAGAAGAAGGCUGCCAAGCCCGCGAAGAAGGCUCCCGCCAAAGCCAAGAAGCCCGCGGUGAAGAAAGUGGCCACCCCGAAGAAAUCUCCGGCCAAGAAGGCUGCGAAGAAAGUGGUGAAGAAGAGCCCCAAGAAGGCUGCUCCCAAGAAGCCCAAGGCGGCAGCCAAGAAGCCCAAGUCCCCCGCUAAGAAGGCCGCCCCGAAAAAGCCCAAAGCCGCCAAGAAGCCCGCAAAGAAAACUGCGCCAAAGAAGGCCAAGAAGUAAAAGCUGCUCCCGCACAGAGUGCAUCAAAGGCUCUUUUCAGAGCCACCACAGCCUCCGCUACGAGCUUGUGUGUGUGUGUGUGUGUGUGUGUG